AUGCCUGAGCCCCCAUGGCGGCGCGGCGACCGCAGCGGGUGAGCAUGCAGGAGCACAUGGCCAUCGAUGUGAACCCAGGUCCCAUCCGGCCUAUCCACCUCAUUUCUGACUACUUUCCGCACUUCUACCCGUUUUCUGAGUCCGCCCUGCGUGCCCCAGACCCGCGCCCUGCAGUGGUCCCCACCAUCAGUUCUGCACCCCAGCUGCAGCCGGACCCAGAGCCAGAGGGAGACUCAGAUGACAGCACUGCCCUGGGCACCCUUGAGUUCACGCUUCUUUUUGAUGUGGACAACAGCGCCCUGCACUGCACAGCUCACCGUGCCAAGGUAAGGAUGGGGUCGAGGGGUCUUUGGGCCGUGGGCCUGAGCCACAGGUCUGCCCCACAUCCAGUCUCUUCCCAGGGCCUCAAGCCACCAGCCUCAGGCUCCAUGGACACCUACAUCAAAGCCAAUCUGCUUCCAGGGGCCAGCAAGGCCAGCCAGCUGAGGACACGCACCGUUCGGGGCACAAGGGGACCUGUCUGGGAAGAGACACUUACCUAUCACGGCUUCACCCGCCAGGAUGCUGGGCGCAAGACCCUGCGGCUGUGCGUGUGUGAGGACCCACGGCUGCGGCGACGGCGGCAGGCGCCUCUGCUGGGGGAGCUGCGGGUGCCCCUGAGGAAGCUGGUGCCCAACCGAGCCAGGAGCUUCGAUGUGUGUCUGGAGAAGCGGAGGCUGACCAAGAGGCCCAAGAGCCUGGAUACAGCCCGUGGCAUGUCCCUGUAUGAGGAGGAGGUGGAGGCAGAGGUGGCCGGGGAGGAACGCGGGCGCAUCCUGCUGUCACUGUGCUACAGCUCUCAGCGGGGCGGCCUGCUGGUGGGUGUGCUGCGCUGUGCCCACCUCGCCCCCAUGGACGCCAAUGGCUACUCGGACCCCUUCGUCCGCCUUUUCCUGCAUCCAAAUGUGGGAAAGAAAUCUAAAUACAAGACCAGUGUUCGGAAGAAGACCCUGAACCCUGAGUUCAAUGAGGAGUUCUUCUACGCUGGCCCAAGGGAGGAGCUGGCCCAGAAGACACUGCUGGUGUCUGUGUGGGACUAUGACCUGGGCACAGCCAAUGACUUCAUUGGUGGGGUGCAGCUGAGUGGCUGGGCCAGUGGGGAACGCCAGCGACACUGGCACGAGUGCCUAGACAACAGUGACUGCCGGCUGGAGCUGUGGCACACACUGGACGGUGUGCCCUUCCAGCUCAGCGGCUAGCAGGGGCACCUGCCCUGACCCUGCUCACCGCUUCUCCCCGAAACUGACCCGCGGAUGUCUCCACAGAGCUGCGAAGACUUGGGGCUGCCUCACCUACUGUGCCCAGCUCCUAGUCAAACUGUUUCCUCCCUUGAUCUUCCAGAUCUGCCCACUGCCAAACCAGGAAGAAUAAACCUCUCGUCCAAACCAG